CCAUUCCAUCCGUUUAACAGUCUCCCCCCGUGCCAGACCAAUAGCCAUUGAAUUUUGGUCAGGAGUUGGUCACAUGGUAAUGAGAAACCCUUAAAAGAGCCCAAGCCGCCACACAGGAGAUCUCACUCAUCUGUGUUUCGUACACCAGCUGGUCUGUGUGUGAAAUCCUGUUCCACUCGCCACUGCUGGGCUGUCCACAAGGCAGGAUCAACAUCAUGUCAGAUACAGAGGAGGUUAUGGAGGACUACGAGCAGGAGGAAGAGGAAGAGGUGAAUGAGGAAGAGCAAGAAGAAGAAGAAGAAACUGAGCAGGCUGAAGAGGAAGAGGAGAAGGUGGAGGUAGCUAAGUUGGUAGAGGAAGAGAAGGAAGAAGAAGAAGAAGAAGAAAAAGAGCAUGUCGAGGAGGAUGAGGAAGAGAAGGAACACGAGGAGGGGGAAAACAAACCAAAACACAAUAAAAUGUACAUACCUAACAUCACUCUCCCCAAACUCCCCGAGGGUGAGAAAUUGGACUUUGAUGACCUUCACCGCAAGAGGCUGGAGAAGGACUUCAACGACCUUCAGAGCCUGAUAGAGCUGCACUUCUCCAGCCGUCAGAAAGAGGAGGAGGAGUUGGUCGCCCUGCGUAGCCGCAUUGAGCGCCGUCGCUCGGACCGCUCCGAGCAGCAGCGGGUUCGUGCCGAACAGGACCGGGAGCGGCAAGCCCGUCUGGCCGAGGAGAGGGCGCGUCGUGAGGAGGAAGUAGCCAAAGUCCGCGCCGAAGAGGAGGCCAAGAAAAAGAAAACCUUUUCCAACAAGGCUUUUGGGGGCUACCUGCAGAAGGUGGAUCAGAAGAAGGGUAAAAAGCUGACCGAGCGCGAGAAAAAGACCAAGGCGUUGAUGGAACGCCGUAAACCCCUCAACAUCGACCACCUGAACCAGGAGAAGCUGGCGGAGAAAGCCCGGGACCUGUGGGCAUGGCUGCGAGACCUCCACGCUGAGAAGUUUGAGCUGGCUGAGAAGCUCAAGAGGCAGAAGUAUGACGUGUACGUGCUGCGGAACCGUGUCAGUGACCACCAGAGAGGCUCCAAGGCCAACAAGACCACCAGGGGGGCCAAGGGGAAACUAGCCAAACACUGAGGGAUCAGUCUCAAACGCUGGACCAUGCAGAGUGCCACUACCCUCUGUCACUUCUGUAACAUGUGAUAAAUGUUAGUUUUUGUAUUUACUAGUGUGUGUGUGUUAGGGGACAGGGGGUGGGGGUGGGGGUGGGGGGGU